AUGCUCGAACUUUACAAGUAUGUCCCGUCACCCUUGGUGCUCCACAAUCUCACUUUAUCAACUCACCCAACCAAGGAUCUCCUUGCCAUCAACCAAGAGAGGACCAUGUACAAGGAGUUGGGUGAGACGGAUUUGACAGAGUGUCUACGAUAUGGACGCAAGUACCACUGCCAGUUCCAGAAUGUCUUGAGCAAGAACGUGAGAACGAGUUGUCUAUUUGUACUAUUUUCUCGCAAUCUGGGACUAGUAGAGCAGACGUGCAACAUGCAUGUGGACAACAUUCAAAAGACCGCCGUACAACUGUCACCUCAUCAGUUUCGCCUGACUUCACCGGAUGAGGAG